AUGUGUUUAUUUCUAAAUUCGUUUUUUUUGUCAUGCCAUCAAACACAAUCUUAUAAUAUUCAUUUAAUGAAUGUACAAGAAGAGCUCUCAAUUUCUGGAAUGAUAUUAAAAUAUUUAUAUGAAAUUGCACAAGAAAAACUUGGUAAUCAUCCAAUAUCAAAUACAAAGUUAGCGUGUAAAUUAGCAGGAAUUAAGAAUGUUGAACUUGAAAAUGAACCAGUAGCAGUUAUUAUUGAAUACAAGAGAGAAUAUCAAAGUUUAUUAAAAAAUGGAGAUAAAAUUGUAGUAAUUGAUUUUGGAAGAACAUUAGAUGUGUCAUGUUGUAAAAUAGCAAAUGAUAAUAUUAUUGUAGAAUCAUCUGGAGGAAAUCAAAAUUUAGGAGGAAAUAAUUUUGAUAAAAAUUAUUAUUAUAUGAUGAUUAUGGAUAUGAUACUAUUGUUAAUACGAUUAUUACAAGAAAAAGAAUUUGAAGAUGAAUGUUACAGAAUACAUGAAGAAUUUAUUAAUAAAAUAAAACAAGUUACUCAAAAAAGGCAUAAAAGAGGAGAUAUUAAAUUAGUGAUAUUAAAUAGUGGAACAUGUAAAAUACCAAGAAUUAGAGAAGAAGUUGCUAAGUUAUUUGAUAUACAAACAUUUUCUGAUAAUAACUUUAAUCCACUUAAUGCUGUUGUAAAAGGAGCUGCAUAUUUAGCUCAAGAAAUUGCUAUGUGUUAUGAAGUUAUAUAUGAUAAUGUUCCAACACCAAUUGGAAUAGAAUUAGAAGGGUGA